ACUUCAUUCACUGUUAUAUAAAUUUACUGGUCGGAAAAGGGCAGAAAAUGAAUGUCAGCGACAUUCGAACUUGUAUCCGUCACUUUCUCGGAAUCUUUCUGUCAAUUGUUGUCGGACAUUCGGUCGCACUCGAAGGAUUUCUCUUCAAUUUUGUCGGAUCCGAAUCUAGUUUCAAAUGUGUGUUUUACAUGAGCGCGUGGCUUAUGCUAUCAACAAUUCCAUUGUUAUGUUUCUCCAGGAAGAAACUUGGAUUUGACCUUGAGAAUUUAAUAAAUAUUCUGGUAUCUUCAGUGGGUUUGGGAGUCGCAAUGGUUUUAUCGCUGUCUGCAUAUAAAUUUGCCCCUGUUGCAGAUGCAUUUACGCUCUAUUAUUCAAAUGCAGUUUUUAGUUUAGUCUUAGAGAGCUUCGCAUUUAGAGUUUAUCCUCAGAAACUUCACAUCCUUGCAAUCUUUCUGACUCUUCUUGGAAUCAUAACAGUAUCCCAGCCUCCCUUUAUCUUCAAUCACUUCCAGUCAGACUCAGCGGAGUCAGCGGAGUCUCAAAAUGAUACCCUAGUUGACACCCGUUUUCUGGGUUGUGUGCUCGCAGUUGCAGCUGCAAUUACGACCAGUGUCUGGAUGCUGUUUCUGAGGAGAAUCGAAAAUCUCAACAUCACUUUUAUCACUUUUCUACAGGCGUUGGUUCCUGUUUUGGGCUACAAUGUGUUUGGAGCGUUUGCGUCCAACAAGGAAACGUUUUGUAUCAAAGGAAAUCUGUUUGCGAUGAGUCUGCUCUGUAUCAACUACUGUGUCAAUCUGCCCCUGCUUAACCUGUGUCUGAAAUUAGAGCCCAGCUAUAUUGUCACUUCUGUCAGGUGCAUAGCUACAGUCACCUCAUACGUCAUACAAGUAUUGCGAGGCGAACAGACAUCUUGGUACACCUUCAUGGGCGCAUCCUUCAUCGUAGCAUCUGUUUUGAUAGUCUCAUUCACCAAAUGGAGAGACUCAGUUGCCAUACAAACAUCGAUAAGAACAAGGCGCAACUCUAAAACUGCCGAAGAUUUUUCGUUUGAGCUAAUGAACUGAGAACAAAUUGUGUUAAAUUAAAUUUAUUAUGUGUGAAAACUUAUUGCUUGCCAAACUUAUAUGAAAUUUUGCAGUUUUCAACGUUAAAAU